AUGAGUACAGUGUUAGCAACGAUUUGUAUCAUUUUGAUCACUUUCAUACUAUACGGGGAAAUACGAAAAUGGUUUCUCAAACGAAAGAUGCGAAAUUUUGAAUCGCCGAAACAACUGCCCAUUUUGGGUGUAGCUGCUCGUAUGAUCGGAAAGCCAAAUGAAGAAUUUAUAGGCAUGGUGCUUGAUGCAUUUGAUGAAGUGAAAUCGACACCGAUUCAAGUGUGGUUGGGUCCAUUUUUAGUGAUUUUAAUAUCGGAACCGCAAGACAUUCAAACGAUUUUAACGAGUGAUGAUUGCCUGAAUAAACCAUAUUUUUACGAACAUUUCAAGUGUAAGACAUCGAUCAUCGCAAGCAAUCGUGAAGUAUGGAAGCCACAUCGUCGUGCUUUGAAUGCAGCAUUCAAUUUUAAAAUGCUACAAAGCUAUGUGCCGUUGUUCAAUCGAAAAGCACGCAUUCUAAUCAAACAAAUGGAGCCAUUCCAUCAAGAGCCGGGCAAUUUAUAUCGGACACUAUUUAUUGGCAUGAUGGAUAUGAUUGCAGUUACACUCAUGGGAAUUGAAAUGAAUUUACAGCUGAACGGACGUGGUGCAUUUUUCUACGACAUUGCCAAAUUAAUCAUGAAUAAUAUUCAGUAUCGAAUUACACGAUUAUGGUUGAGAUGGGAUUUUAUGUGGAAUAUUUCAAAGGUUGGCCGUGACGAAGAAAUUCCGUUAAAAACCGGUUACGCACUCUUUGACAAAGCUUACGAUGAAAAAGUAAACGAAUUACGCUUGUUGAAAUCGCAAGGGAUUGACUAUUUAGAGGAAGCUAAAGAGAAAAAUGCAACAAAUUUUCUCGACAAAUGUCUGAUUUUGGAACGAGAAGGAGUUUUCAGUCAUAAAAACCUUUUAGAACAAAUAUAUAUGGUUACGCUGGCUGGCAUCGAUACAUCAUCAAUCAAUGUAUUUGGUACUCUAUUGAUGUUGGCCAUCAAUCAAAAGCAUCAGAAUUUGGUGGUGGAGGAAUUGCGAUCGAUUUUUGAUUCAGCCGAUUCGGAUGUGACACAAGACGAUGUAUCUCGAAUGCAGUACUUGGAACGUGUAAUUAAAGAGUCACUUCGAUUACUAUCACCAGUACCAUUCAUCGCUCGAAAACCAUCCGCCGAUAUAGAGUUGGCCAAAGGAACUAUUCCGAAAGGUGCAUUUGUUGUAAUUAAUAUCAUGCAUUUACAUCGGAAUCCAAAGAUUUGGGGUGAAAACGCGCUUGAAUUUGAUCCAGAUCGAUUUUUAACCGAAAACAUUGCAAAACGACCACCAUUUAGUUACAUCCCAUUUUCAGGCGGAGCCAGAAAUUGUAUUGGAAUGAAAUACGCAAUGAUUUCGGCCAGAAUCACUCUUGCCCAUUUGCUGCGAAGAUACAAAUUUACUACAGAUUUGAAAUUUGAAGAUAUUCGUGUUAACACCCACCUUGUACUCGAAGUAAUCAACGACAAACCACUUCGAAUUGAGGAACGGAACUUUUAAAGAA